CUUCAAAAAUAAAAAUGUAAUGGUCAUUAUUUUAGUGAUAACUCUUUGAAUAAUACUUUAUUAUCAUUAAUUAUUAUGUAUAACAAUAUAGAGAGAAAAUAGUUGCCAUCAAGAAGGCAACUUUUUUGCGAUACCCAAACACUUUAUUGAGAAGCGGUCGGCGUUAUAUAUCAAUCAAGGGCUUACGCUAAAAUCCCCCUUUGCUUGACCUUUCUCCCAUCGGCCUCCUUCAUCAUCCAUGGCCUGUCCAUCUCAAGCAAGUCUCCUUCUUCAGAAACAGCUUAAAGAUCUCUGUAAAAACCCUGUUGAUGGAUUCUCCGCGGGUCUCGUCGAUGAAAGCAAUCUUUUUGAAUGGAGUGUCACGAUAAUCGGGCCACCUGAUACAUUAUAUGAUGGAGGUUUUUUCAAUGCUAUAAUGACCUUCCCACAAAAUUACCCUAAUAGUCCUCCAACAGUAAGAUUUACCUCAGAGGUUUGGCAUCCAAACGUUUACCCUGAUGGCAAGGUUUGUAUUUCAAUUCUUCAUCCCCCUGGUGAUGAUCCUAAUGGCUAUGAACUUGCAAGUGAACGCUGGACACCUGUCCAUACGGUAGAGAGCAUAGUUUUAAGCAUUAUAUCAAUGCUCUCAAGUCCAAAUGACGAGUCUCCUGCAAACGUGGAAGCUGCGAAAGAAUGGAGAGACAGAAGGGACGAGUUCAGGAAGAAAGUUGGUCGAUGUGUGAGAAAAUCGCAAGAACUUAUGUGAAAUGGAUGUGGUGAGUCAUCAACUCACCAUGUUAAGUUUCUUAUCUUUCAUAUAUUCGUUCUAUAUACGCUUGUUUUGCUUUUGUUUUCUUAAUGUUAUGACUUAUUAAAUGGAUUUUAAAAUGUCAUUUUUGGUAUGAUUUUUUUGUUCGUGUUUGGUCUACUUGUGAUUUUUUUUUUUUGAGUUAAAUGUUAUUCAAAUCUUGUAUGAUGGAAUGUCGUAAAGUGGACUUCGUUUGCUCGUUUUGAAGGACUUGUAUUUGAUCGUUUAAAAUGGUGCAUCGAUUUCAUGAAAUUAUGUAAGAUUAAAUUACAUUUUUUAUUUUUAUCACACAUAAAAACACAUAACAUUUCACAA